AUGGACCACAUUGGAAAAGAAGAGAGAAAGAAACAUCCGAGAGAGACGGCUAAUAUCUUCUCUAAGCUAACUUUCGCAUAUACAGGUAGUUUAUUUAAAAGAGCUUAUAAACAAGAUCUGGACGAUGAAGACCUGUACGAAGUUCUCAAGCAAUGUGGCUCGAAAUAUUGCGGAGAUAAAUUGGAGAAAGAAUGGAAACUGGGGAAUAAAGAGGGCACUCCCCCCACCAUUGGUAGGCUCAUGUGGAGGAGGUUUGGUUGGAGGUACAUGUUGAUGGGAAUCACACAAUUUACAUGGAGAGUCGUCAGGAGUAUUGUAGAACCAGGAGCUCUCAGUGGCCUUAUCUCGUACUUUAGACCAGGACAGACGGACGUAACGAAGAACGAUGCCUUCAUGUACGCUGGGCUGGUGCUAUUCCUGCAGAUCUUCAACUGUAUGUUCGACCACAACUAUUUGCUUUGGGUCCACCAGAUGGGGGUCGAGAUCAAAUCAGCAUUUUCAUCAAUGUUGUACAGGAAAGCGUUGAGGUUGACGCCGACUGCUGUGUCCGAUAUCACCAUGGGAAACAUCGUGACCUUGAUAACGAAAGACGUGCAAAUUUUCAAAGAAUCCAUCUGGAUCAUCAACGACAUAUGGAUUGGAACUGUGGUGAUAUGCGUCGUAUGUUACUUGAUUUACUCCAAGGUUGGAGUGUGCUCUUUCAUUGGUAUCGGAAUUAUAUUUAUGGUCCUACCCUUACAAUGGUACGUUGCCAGAUGGAUAAGUAGGCUGAGACUUCAGACUGGCAAAAAAACUGACGAAAGGCUCCAGAUAACUCAGGAGAGCUUGUCAACUAUAAGGAUAAUCAAAAUGUACACCUGGGAGAAAUAUUUCGAGAACAAGAUCCACAAGUCAAGGAAGGAAGAAGUUAAUAAAAUGCUUUUAGGAUUCUACCUUAGAGUCAUCUUGAUGUUACUGGGUCUCCUUUUCUGCAAAAUAGGAUUCUAUGUUCUGAUCUUAUCUUACGUUUGGAUCGGAUUCUCAUCAGAUCCAACUGUGGUCUUCUACCUCCUGAGCAACUUCCAAGAAUUGAAACAAAACCUCGCAAAUUCCAUACCUACGUGCAUAGGAAAAAGUGCUGAGCUAGUAUCGGCUGUCAAACGAAUUAACAAGGUUAUUAAUGCCGAGGAAAUGGACCCAAAUACUGUGCCAGACGAACCUGAACCCAACCCGGUCAUGGAACUGAAAAACUCAACUGUCUACAUUGGCAAGAAAGAGAUUCUCAGGGAGAUUUCAUUCAAAACUGACUCUGGGUUGACAUUGGUCACAGGCAGUAUUGGUUCCGGCAAAAGUUCCCUGCUGAAGACCAUGCUACAAGACUAUCCACUCACUGACGGCAGCUUGGUGUCACGUGGUCGCAUCUCGUAUUCCUCCCAAGAUCCGUGGUUGUUCCCUUCUUCUAUAAGACAGAACAUCAUUUUCAACAACAAAUAUGAUGAAGUCCGGUACCGUGAAGUCAUAAGAGUGUGUGCCCUCGAGUACGAUUUGAACUUAUUCGAAAAAGGUGAUGAAACCAUUGUAACUGAUAGAGGACACAAUCUCAGCAAAGGACAGCAAGCUAGGGUGAAUUUAGCUAGGGCUAUCUAUAAAGAAAGUGAAGUAUAUCUGCUUGAUGAUUGUCUCACAGCCUUAGAUGCGCAGGUACAAGACUAUAUCUUCCGAGAGUGUAUAAAAACAUAUCUGAAGGAUAAGAUUGUGAUUCUAGUGAGCCAAACAGCGAACCAUAUCCAAGAAGCAGAUACCAUCGUCAUCAUGGACAAAGGUCGUAUAAAAGAUAUCGGUCAACCUAACGACACUAUUCUGGCGGAAGUCAAAGAACUUGCUGUGGAAGAUGAUGAUUUGGAAAAAGAAGUUAUAGGAAAAGCUGCAGAGACUGAUGCUGAUGAAACUGUCAAGCUUCUCGAAACUGAGCAGAUAACUUCGAAAAAGAAGAUAUACAAGGAAGUCAAGAAAAAAGGAAAAGUAGAUAUUCAAGUUUAUCUCAAGUAUAUCAUGUUUGCUGGUGGAUUCUUGCUGGCGUUUUUCAACAUAAUGUUAGUUGUUGUCACGCAGUCAUCUGAAAGCUACUCGGAUAAAUUAUUGACUCAGUGGGUGGAUGAACAACAAACCCUGCUCAAUAUCAGAUCUCGAAUAACAAGCCCUGCAACUUCUUUACAAGAAAGGAACGGUACUGUGAAUAGCCUUGCAGUAGGUGAAAUCACUCUGGAAGAAGCUGACGCAAAUCAACACAGUACAUUCAUAAUCUACUCGAUCACUUUGAUAUCUGCCGCAAUUCUGGGAAUGAUCAAGUCCUAUGCCAACUUUGAUUUUUCGAGAAGAGCUUCUAUCAACAUACACAAAUCUAUGGUUACGAAUAUAACACGAGCGAUGAUGGCUUUUUUUGAUUCUCAUUUCAUCGGUAACGUUCUGAAUAGAUUCUCUCAGGAUUUGGUUAAUGUAGAUGAACAUCUACCCUAUGUGCUCAGCGAAUGCUUCAGGGUUUUGUUUUCGAUUUUUGGGAAUCUGAUAUUAGUAGCAACAGUGAAACCUAGUUUUUUGAUUUACAUUGGUACCAUUAUCAUCAUCGUAAUGAUUAUUAGGAGAUUGUAUCUACCAGCAGGUCGUAGCUUGAAGAGAUUAGAAGCAGCAACCCGUAGUCCAAUGAUUGGCCACCUCAACGCUUCUUUAGAAGGUUUAACGACGAUCAGAGCUUACAGGGCUGAAAAUAUACUCAUCGAAGAAUUCGACAGGCACCAAGAUCUUUACACUUCAGCGUAUUACACUUCAAUCUGUUCUAUGCGAGCAUUCGCUUUCGUAGUAGGCUCCGUGUCUUCUAUCUUCGUCAUCAUAGUAGUCGGUACAUUCGUCCUGAUGAAAAAAGAAAACACCACAGGAGAUGUUGGUCUGGCUCUAACCCAAGUUUUCGCCUUGGCAGCCAGUAUCCAGUGGGCAGUCGCACCGUGGUCAGAACUGGAAAACCUGAUGACUUCAACGGAAAGGCUCAUGGAGUACACAGAAAUCAAAGCUGAGAGGGAAGAUGGUACCGAGCCGAAAGACUGGCCCAGCAAAGGAUCAGUGACUUACGAGCACGUCUCUUUGACUUACAAUAACAGCGUGAAGGUUCUCAAAGACUUGAAUUUUACUGCGGAAUCUCGACAAAAAAUCGGCAUAGUCGGUAGGACCGGCGCUGGAAAGUCCUCUAUAAUAACUUCCUUCUUCAGACUCUAUGAUGUUGGAGGAAGGAUUCUGAUAGACGGGAUUGAUAUCAAAACUGUUUCUUUGAAGUACCUGAGGCGAAGGCUAGCCAUCAUUCCUCAGGAUCCGGUUCUGUUCACAGGUACUGUUCGUACUAAUCUGGACCCGUUCGGUGAUUUCAGUGACCAAGAACUUUGGACUGCUCUGGACAAAGUGAACCUCAAAGGUUCUAUCACUAGCUUAGACCACCCAACGGCGAGUAAUGGCUCGGACUUUAGCUCUGGUCAGAAGCAACUGCUUUGUCUAGCGAGAGCUAUUCUCAGGAAAACUAAGAUAGUCAUUUUGGAUGAGGCUACUGCGAAUAUGGACCACGAGACAGAUAUAAUGCUAAACUCUGCUAUUGAGGAAAACUUUGUGGACUGUACCGUUUUCUGCAUUGCGCAUAGACUUCAUUCUAUUUUGAAGUGUGAUAAAGUAAUAGUUUUGGAUAAAGGUGAGAUCAAGGAGUUCGAUGAUCCAGCGAAGUUACUAGAGAACGGGAAUGGCCUGUUUUAUCAGAUGGUAAGGCAAGCAGGAUUGCUCAACUAUCUUGAAUGA